AUGCCGGAAGCGGCAUGCGGCUAUCCGCUUUCGCUCCUGUCAUGCGGGUCACGAGCCGGCGACGAACCUAAGAAACGAAGCCGCCCGCGCAGGAUCGUGAAAUACGAGGCUAAAGCCAUUAGCAACUCCAGCUCGAGUUCUCCUGAAGAGCGGCGCUUGCUCAGUGCUCGUCAUCAAUUGCACCCUUCGCCGUGCCGCUCUUAUGAACUGAAACCUUCUGCGGACUUUGCGGUCCUCCACCGCUCCCUCUCACGGUGUCUGCAAUGUCAUCCGCUUCGCAAAAUUGGAAGGUGGACCGCCUCUCGGCCAAUUAUUUUUAGAGAGGGUCAUGCAGCCCCAGAAUUCGAUGCACACAGUUUUGGUUGGGAAUGCACUCACGAGAUGCCAGUCUUUCUAGAAUGUCGAUGCUUUGGCUGUUCACGGCCGUUGGGGCAUGGUCCUGGUGGUCCUGGUGGCCCUGAUGGUCCUGCGUUGGUCGACCUCGGCGCUGGUUUCGCCCUGCCGUGGUUCACGAAGCCCCUGAGUGCGGGAAGGCACGCCAGUGCGGUUGACGCUAAGUUCGACCACUUGCGCCUCAACGCCACACACCAGCCCUUCGCCUAUGAAGCAAACAACCACUAG